GGGGAAGAUUGAUAGGAAGGAACCAUUUCCGGUUCUAGCUCUUGGGCUGAAAAGGUAGAUUUCGGUGACAAAUUUUCCAUGACAGGGAAGGGGCGAGUACGGUUCCGGAGCCUGAAGUGAGAAGGUGGAUUGGUGACCCGAUGGUGAGGUGUGUGUGUACUUGGUCGAUGUAUUAUUGUCAUUGUAGUGUGUGUAUAUUAUUGUCAUUGUAGUGUGUGUAUGCACGUUCAAUCUAUUUCUCUCUCAUCCCCCAUUCUCCCAAAAUACUUCUUUGUUUUUGCGCCUUAAUUUUUGUUGUCCUGUCUUCCCCCUCCUCUCAUUCUGUCAGUAAUAGUAUUCUCUGUCUCCCAUGUACUAUCUAAUCUCCAUUUUAUUUCUUCCCUCUUUGUUUUUCAUUCCAUGUGUAUUCUCUUAUAUUUUUUUGCAUGCAUUUUAAACUGAGAAACAGCCUCCCUUAUGUCAACGUAAAUUACACGAUACUUGAUUACAUGAUAUGAACAAAUAGAUUAAAUUUAGAAUUGAAGGGACUGCUCUUGCCAUCUCACCUUUUAUUAGUAAUUCCAAUAGUAUUGCUUUUGCCUUGUGUCCUCACCAUUGGUAACCAUACAGUUUAAUGUGUCGUUUCAAGAAGGAGGAAAAAAAUAAAUAAAAAAAUGGGGAAUUCCUAUUGUCAUGUAGAUCUCCAGCUAAGUGCUAAACUAAACUAUUAAAAGUCGUCAUAUGAUGCUCUGUAGUCAUUCUAGGAAAAGUAGUGUCUGAGUAUGCUUGGAGUUGAAGUUUCAGGUUUAGGAUCUCAUGGAGAGCUACAUGCUUGCUCUCAUUGAGCUAAAGUAUAUAGUUUUUUCUAAAGGUUCAGCCUUGCUUAUAUGGAUUUUAAAGACAUACAUAAAUACGGUGUUAGAUCCACAGUGUUUUUUCAUUUUGAAUUACUCCUAAGAGUAUAUUCACUAAAUAGUGAACUGCAAACAUAACAUUUAGGCUGUGAAUAAUUUCUAUAUUCAGCAAAUUUUUCCAAAAUUUUGCAAUGUAAUUUACACUUCACUACAAUUUGCUGCUAAAUGAGUUAACCCUCUAAUCUAUACUGUUUUGGACUAGAUCAAGUGUCUGCAUGAGUAUCUGCCCCAUGUCCAGAUUUUUAAAGUCAGAUGCAUGCACGCUGAAGAAAUCACACUGACCACAAGUUCAGAUAAAUGAAAACUGUGUUUAUUGGGGGCGGACACAGCCACUUAAAAAGGCAAAAUAAUGCAUUGUGUUCAAGUAUUAGGUAUACACUUUUAAUUGGCUAAGUGUUUUAUCUUGAUGUACUUCCUCCAAGGUGUGAUAUCAUCAUCAUCAUCAUCAUCGGUGUAGCUCUGGGUGGAAAAGUAAAAUAAACCUGCUCACUGGGCCAUUUUCUGUCAAUAUGGUGCCAAUUUGUAUUUGUUAGCAGCUUAGUUGCACACUUUGUUUAGAAACACCUCUUUAUCACUUUAAGCAUAUGUGGUUUAACUUUGAUUCCUCAGAAUUCUGGCUAAUGCAGCUAAGCUGCUUAGUUAUAGAAAAUGGCAGGGUAAACCCUUUCACUGGAUGGUGCCGAUUGCAGAAUAUGGACAAUGUAGGCCAGAAAAAAAGUGUGUGUGUGUGUGUGUGUGUGUGUGUGUGUGUGUGUAUAAAAAUUAAUUGGUUGAAAAUCUUACAUUGUGUUGCGACUGAAUAUAUAAAGUGAAGGUGCCCAAAAGGUAGAUUCCCAAAUGUUGUAGAACUAUACUCACAUGAUGCUUUGCAUGCCUUUAGAAUGACAAAGAAUCAUAGAAAGCUGAAGUUUUAAAAUAUCUGGGCACCCCCGCUAAAGUAGUCUGCAUUGACUCUAAAUUCAAUUAAUAUUUGUAAUUGUUUCAUUUAUUGUUAAAUUUUCCUUUUUAUAAUCUUGUAACACACUGCAGAAUAACUUGGUGAUAUGUAAAUGCCGAUUACAAAAAAUAAUAGUUAAGCUAAAUCAUAUAGUGCUUCUUAAUUCUGUCACUAAGGAGUCUUCAUAUACUAUCAACUAAAUUGCAGUUGGAAUGUUGUAAAUUCUCUCCGUGCAUAUUGAUUUGCCGACUACAUUUUAUCAAUGUUUUUAUUGCAUUUUAACUUUAAAAUACUUGUAUUGUCAUAUGGCUAAAAACUGUUCUAUGCUGAAUGUCACAAUUUGGACUGCAUUGCAUGAAAAUCACUAGGAUGUUGAAAAGUGUGUUUUGUUUUUUUUUGUUUUUUUUUUAAUAUACAAAUCUCAUGCAGUUGCUAUUCGAAUCCCUUAUCUGUAUGUAUCAUAACUUUCAGAUGCCGGAAGAAUUGCUUCUGCCAUUCGAGUGGAUUAUAAAUGAUCUAGAACUGAAGGCCAGGCGUGCAAAGACUAGAGGUGCUGUCUCCGGAAAAUACCAACAUCCACGGAGACCCUAUGCGUUUAUCUCAUCCAGCACUGAUUUUACGUUUGUAGUGAAGAAUUCUCUUCACUGUGCAUGGACAGAAAGCCAAUGCGUAGGUAAGUAUGGUGAAUAGAGUAGAAGACAACUAGAGAUUUUUAUUAUCAGUAGAGUGAAUUUAAAACUAGAUUCCAAAAUUCAGGCUAAACAGCCAAACUAACUAUUGCUGUAUUAGAGAUUUUAGCCUACGUAUUGCACUAUGGUUUCAGUUCAUUACAUUUUCAGCUGUUUUCAAUUGAUGGUCCAGCAAGCCCAAGACAGUCCUCCACAUCAAAUGAUUUUAUAUAGGGGCAGUUCCUCCCCCAGUGCAUUCAUGUACUUUUCUAAUAUUGAGAAGGGUAUAAUGAACGUAUCAACUAAUUGCAAUUACUAGAGGUCAGAAGUAAAUCAAAGGCCGUGACUUAUCCGUAUAUAAUGAGUUUUUGCAUUAUUUUUUUUUUUUUUACUUCGACAAUUUUUAUUUCAGUUUUAUAAGGGUACAGAAUAGAAAGGGGAUGGGGAACAGUGGUAAGGUAAGUAUCGUCUUAUACAUUGACAUGCAUACCAUUUGCACAUUAUUCAUAUACAACUUUUUUAAAUAUAAAACUUUUUUGUGUGCAUGCUUUGUGUUUGUCUAGGUUUGUCUAGCGGUUUGGUCAUUUUUCUACCGUAGGGAGGACUCGCGUUCGACUAUCGGAGUUCAGUCAUCUGUUUUUUUUUUUUUUUGUUUUGUUUCUUUGGUAGACGGUGCAGAGUAUUAGUGUUUCAUGUACCACUGGAAGGGGGGGAAACAGAGGAGAAGGAAUGGGUUUAGGGGGUGGGGGCACAGAGGGAGAUGAGGUGUAGAUGUAAGGGGGAGGGGUGGUGGUAGGAUUCUCCCAGGCGUUCGGCUUCUUAUGGUUGCUUCUGUUGAGCAUUUGUUUUUUCAAUUGUUAUUUUUAUUUACCGCGUUCUCAUUAUUUACACUUUUGUUUUCAAUUACAUUUCUCAUUGUCUAAAAGGGCACAGCUGUCGGUCUGUAGGUCUUUGCCACAGCCUCCUAUUUUGAGGGCCCAGUGUCUUAUUUUGAAGGCACAGUGUUACGCUCCAUGUACGACUGCCAGUUUUCCCAGGCUUGUGACCAGAUUUUUUUGGAGUGACUUGAUCGUCUGGUUGCCUGUUCAUAAAGCUUAGUUGUUUCUAUCGUCUGUAUACAUUCUGUUAUUGUGGGCGGUAUAGCAGAUUUCCAGUGUCUACUAAUGAUUGUUAGUGCCGCCAUUAGUAUGUGGUAAGUUAAAUAUUUCUGGCUACCCUGCAUUCCCUUUGGGAAAAGCUGGAGGAGGUACGUUUCUGGCUUGCGGGGUAGAAGCAUUUUUGUGCUGUCUUGUAUUAUGGUAGUUUGUUAGGGAGGGGCAGUUCCACCAUACAUGGAGCAUUGUGCCUUUGUGUUGUUGGCAUCUCCAACAGAUAUCGGAUGCUUGUGGGUAUGUUGCUUUUAUACGUAUAGGCACUAAGUACCAUCGGUAUAAGAUUUUUCGGGAUAGUUCCAUGUGGGAGGCGCAUUUGGAGAGUGAGUUAUGUGCAAGUAGGAUUUUAUUCCAUUGCUGCGCAUCGAGAGUAUAUGUGAAUUCCUUCUCCCAUGCUGCAAUGAAUGAUAAUUUUGUGUGGUCUUUUUGAGUGUGCAUCAUUCAAUAUAGUUCGGAUAUGGUUUUUUUUUUUUUUUUUCUACUACCAUCAGCUGUUGCCCUUGUACAUUAUCCUUCCUAUUCAUGGUUUGCUUGCUGAACCAUGAGUGUAAUUGCAUAUAAGAGAAUAAGGCCAUUGGGGUCAAGUGGUAAGAGGUUGUUAGAUCCGUGAGGCUUCUAAGUGUAUGUUCCUCCAGUAGUUGGUGUAGGUGUGUUACCCCAUGUCGGUGCCACAGAGUGUAAUUAAAGUUUGGUAUCAUAUAGUGUAAUGCUUUUAUAGGGGUGGCGGGCGAUAUUUUGCCCGACCAGCCUAAUGUGUAUUUGUCCCAUAUGGACAGAGUUAGAGCUGUGGUUGGGAGCAGUUCGUUUGUUGCUCGCCUGCUGUGUCGAGGGAGCCAUGCCAGUAUAGUAAUGGGUAUAUUGUUAGCGUGUUGUGUCUCCAGUUCCAUCCAUUGUGUUGGGUUGUCCCGGUGGCACGCCGCUAAUAAAGGACCUAAUAUGGCUGCUCUGUAAUAGCUGUCUAGGUUGGGUACUCCCAUACCCCCUUUCUUGCGUGGCAUGUAUAGUGUGCUCUUCGCCACUCGCGCUUUGUUUGUCCCAGAUAAAGUUUAAGCAGUGUUUGUUGCGCGUCUUGUAGGAAUUUGGGUGGUAUUUUUAUGGGUAAUGUUCUGAAUAGGUAUUGCAGUUUUGGUAUGACUAUCAUUUUGACUGCGGCUAUUCUUCCUGACCAUGAUAUAAAUUUACCUUUCCAUCCUAGCAGUAAGGGUUUUUUGUUUUGUUUCGGAUAGUGUUUUUUGGUAGUUUGUUUUGUAGAGAUUUGCUGACGUUUGGGUGAUAUUGAUUCCUAAGAAUUUGAGGUGGUCAUUGCGCCAAUCGUAUUUGAAAGAGGCGCUCAGCCUGCUCAUAUCCUCGGCUGGGAUGUUUAUACCCAUUGCCUGAGUUUUAUUAACAUUGAGUUUAUAGUGAGAGCAUUUGCUAUAUUGGGAGAGCGUAUUAUGAAGGUUGGGUAGGGAUAUAUGUGGCUGUUCUAGUGUUAGAACGUCAUCUGCGAAUAGUGAGUUUAUGUUCCUUGCCUUGUCUUGUGAUGCCAUGUAUGUCCGAGUUGUCCCUAAUGAGUUGUGUGAGUGGUUCUAGGGAUAAAAUGUAAAGGAGAGGUGAUAGUGGGCAACCCUGUCUCGACCCGUUGGUUAUUUCAAAUUGUUUUGAGCUGAAUCCCCCGUUUGUGACUUUCGCUGUCGGAUUGGAGUACAGCGCUCCCACCAGUCUUAAGAAGGCGUCCGGGAAUCCAUAUUUGAUCAGGACUGCCCGGAGGAAGGGCCAGUGCAGUCUGUCAAAGGCUUUCUCAGCGUCAAGUGAUAAAAUGACGCACUGGGCCCUUUCCCCCCGCCCCCCCUGCAACAGGUCUAAAACCUUUCGGGUUCCAUACGCCCUCUGCCUGCCACUGACAAAUCCCACCUGGUCCUCAUGUAUUAGGGUUGGAAUAAUGUUCGUUAGUCUGUUGGAGAAAAUUUUUGCUAGCAGUUUGAUGUCCGUGUUAAGAUGGGAAAUUGGUCUAAGGUUUUGGCAUUUCGUAGGGGGUUUUCCUGGUUACGGCAAGGUGGCUACGUGUGCCAUGAGCAUGUCCUGGGAAAUUUGGCCCGUUGUGAGGCCAUAGUUAAAGGCUUUUUCUAGAUGUGGGGUGAGGAUUGUGGUUAAUGUUUUAUAGUAGGAGUUUGUAAAUCCGUCGGGUCCUGGUGAUUUGCCAUGGGGGAGUGAGUGUAUGGCUUGUUGUAUUUCCUCCUGUGUUACUGGGUCUUGCAAUAUGUUUUUCUGUUGCUCUGUCAGUGUUGGCAGUGAGGACAGUUGGAGGAAGCUUUGGAUUUCCUGGUGUGUGCUUUGGUGUAGGUUUGGGUCAUCUUUAAGAUUGUAUUGUGUGUGUGUGUGUGUGUGUGGGGUAGUAGUUUGCCAUGGUGUCAUUAAUGUCCUGUGGGUUAUGGAUUUUAGAGCCUUUGUGUGUGAGUAGGUAUGGGAUUUUUGCACUGGAUUGUUUAUGGCGUAGCAGUGUUGCUAGGUGCUUCCCUGCUUUGUUGUCUUGUGAGUAUGUUUUCUGUUUCAGUUUUUGUAAAAUGUGUGCAGUUUUGGAGAUUGCCAUGUUGUUGAUGCUUGUUGUGGUAUCUUUUAUUACCUGGGCUAGUUGUGGUGAGGGGUUUGCUAUAUUUGCUGCUGUCGUAUCCCUCAGGGUGCGCAGCAGGUGUAGGUGUUCUUUUUGUGCUUUCUUUUUUAGGUAGGAGGCUCGGCUGAUGAGAACUCCUCAAAUGACCGUCUUAUGUGCUUGCCACACGGUGGUCGGCUGUACGUCUGGGGUAUUAUUGUCAUGGAAGUAUGAUUGCAGUGCUUCUGAUAGUGUUUUGGAGAAUGUGUGAUCACCUAAAAGCGAGUCAUUCAACCGUCGUGGCGGUCUCCCUCUGUGUUGGAAAUCCUCAGUCAGCUGUGCCAUGGUUGGGGCAUGGUCUGACCAUGUUAUGUCCCCGAUCUCGCUGUGAGCUACUUUGGAAAGUAGAGGGCCUGUAAGAAGGAUGAAAUCUAUCCUUGAAUACGAUUUGUGUACUGCCGAAUAGAAAGAACAUUUUCUCACUUGGGUGGAAUGCCUUCCAAGAGUCAUACAGGCAAUAUUCUCCUAGCAACUUGUUGAUUGCCUUGCUUUGUGAAUUAAUCAUUUUGUGUCUUGGUGUUGUGGUUUUUAGUGUGGUGUCCUUGUGUGGGUCGAGGGGGUGGUUGAGGUCUCCGCAUAGUAUGAGUGAGGCAGUUUGGUGGGUUGGGAUUGUGGAGAGCAUCUUGUGUAAACAGUUUCGCUGAUGUACAUUAGGAGCAUAAAAGCUGACUAUAGUGUAUGGUGAGUUGUUUAAGAGGCAUUGCAAUAUCACGAAUCUACCUUGUUUAUCUUUGAUAACGUGUAGAGUUUCCACUGUUAGGGAUGAGUGUAGAAGGAUGGAGGCCCCUCUUGAUUUAGACGAAUGCGUUGCAUGGUAUUGGUGGGGGUAGUGCUGUGCGUCAAAGUUGGGCACUCUAGAGGUAACAAAAUGAGUUUCCUGUAGACCUGUAAUGUCCGCUCGAUUUUUGUUUGGCUUUCUCUAGUGCCAUACGCCUUUUAUGGGGGAUGUUUAGCCCCCUGCAGUUGUGUGAGUAUAUUUUCAUGUAAUAGGUGUGUGAUAAGCGGUGCUCGUUUGUGGUUUCGCGGAGUCUGUUAUGUUGUGUGUGUGCAGUGGCGGUGUUAUGUGCCUUGUAGCAUGCAUCUGCGCGACUGCAUAUUUGUGCCCGGGAGUAAGAGGUUCAGGAGAGGUGGGGGAAGGAAGGGGUAACAAACAAAGUAUAUACAAACUGACCCAAACGUGGGUCUUGGCACUUUGGCAUUGUGCCAUGGGGGAUGGACGCCUAGACAGCGUCUCUAGUAGUGUGGCCAUUGGGCUCUUAUAAUUACACAUUUUUAUCUUUCCUCAGAGCUGUGAUCCAGUGGGCAUGUGAUUAGUGUGCAUGUUGCUAGUUUGCUGGCUAGCGUGUAUGGGUGGUUUAGGGUAUGCCUGUACAGCAUUUUAAUCCAUGUUUGUCAGGUGCUGAGUAUAACUUGAGCUUUGCCUAAGUGGCUAUCUUGUUGAUACAAUAUUUUAUUUUCAGCUUCUUCUAUUUAGCGUGGCAUGUCGUGCCUGUUAUGGUGAUCAGUUCUACAUAAUGCCUUUUUGCGGUGCUUAUUGCAUAGGCUGUGGGUGCACUUCCCUUAAAUCCCGUAGUAUAUUGGGGGGGGAUGAUUGCAGUACACUCGGCCUGCUAGAUCAUGCAGUAGGUGCUUCUGUGAUGUGGUUUACAGAUAACGUCUCAUGCAUAGUGAUCUGACGUUCUUUGCAUCAUUAGGUUACAGUCAUCAUAUAUGCACAACAUCCGUUAUUACAGUUGACAAUAGACUUCAUGAUUACCCCUAGCCCUCUGGGGUCCCCUCUUUCUACUUGUGCGCAUAUGAUACGGGCUCUCUCCGUUUCCCAGAGUUCUCCUUGAGUAUCAUAUUGUAUGUGUUGUUAUUUAGCUAUCUAAACAUAUUAUAUGCUAAUCAAAGCAGUUAACCUCGUUUGAACUGAAACAAGAACUAUGAACAUGACAUUAGUAUAUGUGAAUAUCUCACGUGUCCCUGGUUUUGGCUUUGUCAGCCGAGUUCACCGAAAGUCACGGCGAUUUGGCUUGUGCUGGGGCUUGGCGCCAUUCUGGUAUCAGUCGCUUAGUUGGGCUCAUCUGGGUUUCAUGGGGGGGGAUCUGUAGCGAGCCCCCAUUCUCUCAGGGUCCGGGUGCCUUCGUCUGGUGUGUAGAUAAUUUUGAGCUUGCUGUUUUUCGUGAUUAAUAGCUUGGUGGGGUAUCCCCAGCGGUAUCUAAUUCCUGCGCGGCGCAGCUCCUCAGUCACCGGGUGAAAUUCUCUUCUGCGUUUAAGGGUUGCCGCGGAUAAAUCUGCCAGUAUGUUAACUUUUGCAUAGGUCCCAUGCGGUUCUGUGGAGUUUCUACUGGCUCGCGACACCGCUUCCUUUAUAUGAAAGUGAUGAUGUGCUCUCAGUAGGACAUCCUGGGGGAUGGAAUCAGGUAGGUUGCGUGGUUUGGGCACUCUGUGUACCCGGUCCACUAGGAGCAUUUCUGUGGGUAUGUCCGGAGCGUAUUCCCGCAGAAGGCCCUGGGUAUAGGCCUGUAGAUCAUUCGGCAAGAUGUUCUCUGGGACUCCUCUCAAUCUGAGGUUAUUUCUCCGUGAGCGAUCUUCGGCAUCCGCCAUGCGUGUUUCCAUUAUUGCUAUUUUAUGUUCCAGUGCCGUCCCAUGGUCAGCCAUGUCGUUAUGUGCUGUGGCAUAUUCGCUCAGUUUGUUUUCCACGUGUGUGGUUCUGCUGCCAAUGUCCUGGACCUCCUUGCGGAGUUGUCCUAUGAAGGAUUGCCAUGUUUUAAUGAGUUUGUCAGCCAUGUUGUUCAUCGCCUCAUCUAAGUGUGAUUUGGUCAGGUUUUCCUGGCUUUCGUGUGAUGGGCCUGUGAUUGUGAUGUUUCCCGCUAUUUGGUCGUCAGCGCCAUCUUGAUUUGGGCCGCGGUCAACUUCAGAGCUGCUCGCGGUUUUGUGGGUAAAAAAAUUCAGUUUUUCAUUUUUCUGUGCGUUCUUCUUCCUUUUGGGAUUUGACAUCAUGCGUUUUUGAUAUGUUUUUUUUAGUGCCCUGGGAGGCGAUGUUGUCGGAUUCUGAGAGCCCGGGUGCCAGAGCAAUUUCCUAAGCAGCCAGGUUGCUCGGCAGUUGGCCACGCCCCUUCAGUUUGCUUUUUAAUGUUCUUAGCCUCUCAUCAAACUCCCUAUUUUCAUCUCUUAGAGUGAUAUCUUUAAAUAUUGUUAGACUGUUUAUAUGUGACAUUUAAGACAUUAUACAUUAAUUUUGUCCUGAGUACAUUUAUUGGCCAUCUAUCCAGGAAGCUCAUGGGCGCCCUUUUUAAACUUGGUAUAUUAACCGAUUAGUCACUUUAAGAGAUGCAAGUUUCCUAUUUAUUGCAGAGCUUCUACGUUUAGACAUCCGUCAUUGAAAAAGACAAUUGUGAUCAUCAAAAAAUAUAAUCCAUUUAGUUUCUAGAACUAUUUGUUAUUUUAUUGAUUAAUGGAAAGGUUUGAAGACCUGUAUUCCUGACCCUAUAGUCUUAAAACCACCAUUUAGGUGCCAUUCCCACCCUUAACCCCUUAGUGGUUAAAACAUGCCUUAAUUCCUGCAACACUCCGCGCGGAACAAUGGCCGCGAGAUUUACACAGGGGAGCUGAAGGGAGCUGCUGGGAAGGUAAGUAAGAGCUUGCUGCGGGCCCCCACUGCACAGUCCAUGCCAUUGGACCACCAGAGAAUGCUAUAUUCCCCCUUCCCUGGCCAAGUAUGAAGCAGGGAGGGGGGACUUAAACAAACAAAAAGCUAAAUAUUUAAAAAUAAAAAUUUAAAACAAAAUAUGCCCUCCCUCCCCCAAAUUACAUACCUACACAAACACACAAUCUGCAUUAAUUAUAUAUACACACUGCAUUCACUAUACACAUACUACACAAACACACAUUCUGCAUUCAGUGUAUAUGCACACACUGCAUUCACUAUACACACACUACACAAACACACACACACUGCAUUCACUAUACACACAGUGUAGUGUGUGUGUGUGUGUAUAGUGAAUGCAGUUUGUUUGUGUAGUGUGUAUAGUGAAUGCAAACACGCUGCAUUCGCUGUGCGCGCGCGCUGCAUUCGCUGUGCGCGCGCGCUGCAUUCGCUACAUGUGACAUGUAUAUUUUGUGCCUUUACCUUUUAGAAAUAGUUUAUUUUUUCGAAACAGUAAAUGUACAGAAUAUCGGUAGGUUAUCGGCUAUCAGCCUGAAAGUUCAGAGUAUUGGUAUCUGCUCUAAAAAAUUAAUAUCGGUCGAUCCCUACUUUCAUUCUACAUUAAUUUCUCACUUUCUGUUUAAAGGAUCACUAUAGGCACCCAGACCACUUCAGCUCAAUGAAGUGGUCUGGGUGCCAGGUCCAUCUAGGAUUAACUCUGCAGCUGUAAACAUAGCAGUUUCAGAGAAACUGCUAUGUUUACACUGAGCGUUAAUACAGCCUCCAGUUGCUCUCACUGACAGCCACUAGAGGCCGCUUCCGCGCUUCUCACUGUGAUUUUUCACAGUGAGAAGAUGCCCGUGUCCAUAGGAGCAUUGAGAAUGCUUUCCUAUGGACUGACUGAAUUUGCGCGCGGCUCUUGCCGGGCAUGCGCAUUCAGCUGAUGACGUCUGAAGGAGGAGGAGAGUCCCCAGCGCCGAGGGAGCCCGGCACUGAAGAAAGGUAAGAUUUUAACCCCUUCCUCCCACUAGAGCCCGGCGGGAGGGGGACCAUGAGAGUGGGGGGGGACCUAUUAACGCUAUAGUGCCAGGAAAACAAGUUUGUUUUCCUGGCACUAUAGUGGUCCUUUAACUGCACCCAUAUAUUAUAUUAUAUUAUAUAAUUUUAUUUUUUAAUAUAUUUAUUUUAUUUACUCUUUCAAUAACCUAGAUUUAUAAAUAAAACCAUAGUAAAUUUGAAUAAAAUCUUUUUAAGGGGGGGAAAAAAAAGAGAACUUUUUCCCUUCAUUUUACCCUUAAUCAUUUCUAUACAAGAGAAACUAAAUCAAAAUAUAUUCUAUAAUUAGUUCUGAUUUGAUAAAAUGUCUAGGAUUUCAGUUAAAUUUUGGAAGUUGUAAAACAAGUCUUACGUGUAAAUUACUUUUUGGUUUUUUUUUUUUAAGCAAAAAUUUUUGCAAAAUUUAGCAUGCUGAGUUUACAACUUUUAUAGUAGAUACUGAAUCUUAAACCACUUCCCAAAAGAAUAUAUUUGUAGAAAGUGCAUCACCCAGGCUAUUUAAUGAAUAACUUUUCAUCACUAAGCUCUGUCAAUAUAUGUAUUUAUUUUUACAUGUUAUUUUGGGAUAUUUUAUAGACCAUGAAUGCUCCAACUACUCUAAACACCACAUAUUUGUAUUCUGCUACUUUUCCCUAUUACAAUGAUAUCAAACAUGUAUACAUAUUCCCAUAAUCGUAGCUCUGAGGGAUUCCCUCUGCUGAUGACGGCACUGCGGCCUCUGUGAACUCUCUGUACUGUUUGAUGGCAGCAUGGAGAGAGUCUUUCUCAUGCUCCAGAAACUGAUUACUGGUCUCAAAGGCAUGUAGGAAGAAUUCUGCAUCUUUUCACUCAUAGUGGAGGGAUAGUGGCAGGCUGUGGGGACACUAAAUAUUUUAAAUUACAUUGUCUGUGUGAUCCUGCUCAGCCGCAUUAUUUAAAGGGAUUAAAAGGCUAUAUAUUGCACACCUAUCGUUCUGGGGGCACUAUUUGUGGCUAUCGACAGAAGGGACCCAUGGGCAUCAGUCUAAAGCAUGGACACUCUGCAGUGGGUCUGCUAAUAUAAAAGUAAUCAGCCUCAUUAGCUCUCCAACUUUAAACAGUAGUGAUAGACUGUGCACAUUAAGGGUAAAGUAUUAUGAUUAUGAUUUUUAUUCAUUUUUUUUGUUUUCUAUUCGAAGCGGCAAUCUCUGCACCUUAAUCCUCAUAUUAUGCUGUAGUGGUUAUGGUGCCAGGUGGCAUUCAACUGUAGGUUGUGAAUCCAUUGUUGUACAGAUUGACACUUGCCUAGAUGCCCAAGUACCUUCAGUCCAUCCUCAUUUUUCCACUUUUUUUUUUUUUUUUUUUAAUAAAGAAAUUUAGUCCACAAACUCUCGGCCAAUGAAUUUUGUUCAAAUUGGAAUUGUUAUAUCUAAUGUGAAAGGGGAACUUGCACUUUAGAUAUACCAAAAAGGAGGGCAAACCAUACAAAAACUGUUUGACUACUUACUGUGGAAUGACUCCUUGUACCAUAAGUGCUACAGCAAACUGUAAAGGUUAUGGUGACUAGACUAAACCUUAUAUUUCUAAAAUUUCAUCAUCUCUGAAAUGUCAGGAACGAGACCCUGCCUAGCACUGAUAUUUCUUCUCAUACACUGUUCUAUAUUUAAAUGUAUUUUAAUGUUUUCUGCUAUGCCAAGGAUUGAGGCAUAGUGGAAAGCCUUUCCGUCUGCGAGCUGUAGAUAGAAUUUCACUUUGCAGCUGCUAUAUGAGGAAAUGAUAGCCCAUGAAAACGGCCCUUUAAGUCGUCCCAUAGAGCCAUUUUUCUAACUGCUUUAGCUCCCUAUAGCAAUUUGUUUCCGUGUCGCAUCGUGAAAAUAGAGCCAGAGAGAAACACAGUGAUGCCAGAUAUCAUAGCGUGGUAAAUUUACUUGGUGUUGAGACUCACAUAAUCAUUUUUUUUUUUUUUUUUAAAUAAACUAUUGGUGUACAGUUGCCAUGCUCAUUAGUAUUGAGCAGUAGAACUGAAGUGUUUGUGGUUUGCAUGGAUAUCCUGUAUAACAACUAUCCUUGUAAUUAAUUGUCAGCUGUGAUUUUAUGCAGAUCUGCCUUAUUCUUUUCUUGAUGUCAUUGUUUCAUGUUCAGGACUGUACAAAAGUGCAACUAUACAUGCAAUCUCACAAACUGACUUUAUAUUUUAACCAUGCAUUUAGAAACUUCUUAACACCAAUCUUUUAUUCUCAAUGAAAAAAUGAUAUUCUCCGAUUUGUGUGCACAGGGCUUUUGAGGUUACCUUAUUGUGGUAUAUUUUUUUUUUUGCAGUUUCAUGUUUGUUUAUUCAUGCAUGUGUUUUAUUCAAUUUUGCAUUUAAUACAUGUAUUUCAAAACCCUUUUGUAACUUUAUAUUUCACUCUAAACAAAGUAGAUAGUUUGGUGUGGUGAAAGCCCAGGUGACAUUUAUUUAUUUUAUUUAUUUAUUUUUAAUUUCUAAGAUAGAGAUACUUUUUUUUUUUUAAUAUAAAUUUUAUUACAAUGUUGGUUGAACGAUAGAUAUUGAUAAACGUCUGCACAGUUUGGAGCCUAAAAGUGGUACAGCUUUAAAGUUCUAUGUACUGAAAAAAAGUUGUGAACUAGCAUUUUCUGUAGCAGUUGUUUCCUGGUAUCUGUGAUUUGUCAAACAUUAGAUUUUGAAAUCUCACUGUUUUGAAGUCUCCCAUUCAAAUAUUUACCUGUAGUAACAAAUGAAUACAGGCUAUCUUUAUUUCUCAUUUGCCUCUAUAUGUUCUGUUAUGGUCAUUGUCCUUGUCCUUCUCUCCCUCUUGUGUCUUUUUGUUUGUCCACUAUACUGUUGUGCCGAUUUCAACUCCCAAGUCUGCCAUCCUAACCAUAUGUGAGGUUUGGAGCUUCAGUGAGCCGGAUUGCUGCAUACAUGUAGGAAUUUAUAGUGCUUUCCUUCUGUUUAGGACAACAAAAAACGUUCUAGUUACCUCACAUGCCUGUCUCUUGCUCUCUUCUAAAGGGCUCCUAAAGGACUUUACUCUCUGCUUCACUCCCACCAUAUUUGAUUGGUAUUUCCCUUCCUAAUGUGUUUUAUAUCCCCCAUCCUAUGAGACUGUAAGCUUGUUUGAGCAGGGUCCUCUUCAACCUAUCGUUCCUGUAAGUUUUCUUGUAAUUGUCAUAUUUAUAGUUAAAGCGCUAUGGAAUCUGUUGGCGUUAUACAAGUGGCAAUAAUAAUAAUAGUUACCUACCAUUUAAAAAAAAAAAAAAGGGCAAAAUACUUAUCUGUUAUGUGGUUGGAAUGUUGCCAUUCCAACUGUUAGCCAUUGGUAAGUGAAACUAGCACUUGUAAGCAGAGAUUCACUUGUUAGAAGACUUGGUACAUUAUUAUUUUUGCUGUAUUUAAGGCUUAUGUUUUUAAAGUUCACUUGCAAAUUACUACUUUAAAUUGGCACCAAAGAGGGGCAAGUUCAUGACAGUGUUGACAGGUCUUAACAUGGACUAUGCUGUUAGUACAGUGAUCUUCCAGACCCAAAGAAAGUUGCUAACCAAGUAAGAUUGCAGUAUGAGUAAAUGUUGUUAUGAAGAAGAGUGUCAGAGUAUUUAGCAAACCAGGUGGAAUAAAUUUUAAGAGCCAUUAUAGCAGUUUGCAAAAGCAAAGAUUUUUAAAUAGCCAAUACAUUUUUAAAUAUUUUAGCUUAUUGGUUCCUUGGUAGAAUGUUCAUUUAUUUUGUGAACAGUUUACUUGUUUUGGUAAAGGUUAGAUUGGUCUGCUGGGGAUACUAAGGUACAGUACAUGCCAGUGUUCUCUAUUUGUGUGCUGCAUUGCUUCUUUUAAUAGUAUCUGCAAGUAAAUCUAAAAAAAAAAAAAAAAUUCACAGUAAAGUGUAUAUAUGCAUGUUUUUAGCUUGAAGGAAAAUAUGGCAGAAGCGAUUGAUUUUUUUUUUUUUUCUGCAUAUACUAAGAGGAAAUAAUAUCCCGGAAUUGGCUGUUGCUUUUUAUGGAGAUGGUAUGUAUUUUUUAUGGAAUUUUAUGGAAUCCAUUUCAUGUGUUCAGUAAAUUUUAAUCUGGGUGUUUUGUAUUGGAGAGUAUUUUUUUUUGUUUUCAGUCUACUGCACAACAUUUAAAUGGAUUUUGGUAGGCCCACUAUCAGAAUAUGAUUAGUCAAAUUUUUUUAGCAUGUAACUGUCAACUUUGCAUGUAGUUAUGUAUGAAGUUAACCAUCUAAAACAUUGUAUAGCUAUCUUAUUCUUGCCAUUAAGUUUCUUUUCUUUGUCUCAAACUUUAGGUGUCUCAGCACUCGCCCAGGUGAGACGGGUAUGGAUGUGACGAGCCGUUGCACCCUGGGAGACCCCAACAAGCUGCCAGAGGGGGUUCCUCAGCCAGCCCGCAUGCCUUAUGUCUCAGACAAACAUCCACGGCAGACUCUUGAAGUCAUCAACCUCUUGCGCAAGCACCGAGAGCUCUGCGAUGUUGUACUUGUGGUUGGUACUAAGAAAAUCUAUGCACAUCGCGUCAUCCUUUCUGCCUGCAGCCCUUACUUUCGGGCCAUGUUCACAGGAGAGUUGGCUGAAAGUCGUCAGACAGAGGUUGUUAUCCGGGAUAUUGAUGAGCGAGCCAUGGAACUACUGAUAGACUUCUCAUACACCUCACAAAUCACGGUAGAAGAAGGCAAUGUGCAGACCCUUCUUCCGGCUGCUUGUCUACUUCAACUCGCAGAGAUUCAGGAAGCUUGCUGUGAAUUUUUAAAGAGACAGCUUGAUCCAUCCAAUUGCCUGGGUAUCAGAGCCUUUGCUGAUACACAUUCAUGCCGAGAGUUGCUGAGGAUUGCAGAUAAGUUUACACAGCAUAAUUUCCAAGAGGUAAGCUAAAG